UCCAGGGAACAUAAUAAUCUGUAUGUAGACGAUAUGUUGCGAGUACUUGCUGUCGUUUGCUGCGUAGGGCUGGCUUUGGCCUCGCCUCCUUUGGCUAAGUCUAGGGAAGAAAUCCAGGCUUUUAGGAGUUUCUUGGAAAAUACCCAGAAGGAGAAUGCUGGUCUAUCCCGCCUGACCUCCCCCGUAGACGGGGUCUCCCCCCUAGCCAACCCGGAGGAGAACAGCGGCAAGUUCGAAGGCGACAUCGUGCUGGACGACUGGCAGAUCGAUGGUAUGGUGCAAGAGUACGCCAUGGGCCGUAACGCGUACACCUGGCCUGAUACCAAGUGGCCGAACAACACUGUGGUCUGGGAAUACGUUGAGGGAGAAUUUGGACCCCUGCAGUCAGCGGCCAUUGAAGAGGGAAUCGCAGACAUUGAGCGUCACACUUGCAUCAAGUUCCGCUACCGUGAACCGAGCGACACCGCUUACGUCAGAUUGACUGGUGCCCCCGACGGUUGCUACGCAAAUGUCGGCUAUUGGGAGUCCCGAGGUCCCCACACCUACAAUCUAGCCCGCAACACUCCUGGAGUCAGCUGUUUCCGCCACGCCACCAUUGUCCACGAGUGGAUGCAUAUCCUCGGAUUCUUCCAUAUGCACUCCACUCAUAACAGAGAUGACUACGUCAGAAUCGCCUUCGAAAACAUCCGGCCUGGUUCAGAGCACAACUUCAACAUCCGCGAAGCUGACCUCGUCUCUAACUACGAAUUGCCCUAUGACUACGUGAGCUGCCUGCAAUACACUGCCUAUGGGUUCUCCGUCAACGGUCUUCCUACCAUUAUAGCUCUUCAGGAGCACGAGGGAGUGAUGGGUCAACGUGAGUACAUCACCGACAUGGAUUGGACCCGUAUCAACCGCCACUACGACUGCCCCGGCGCAUGGGACUAAACAUAGACUAUCUCUUUCUCACUUACCGUUUCACCAUAAGAAUAAAAGAGACAUGAUGGGUCUCUUAAUAUCGCGGGUACAACGUCUACAUCUAAUAUUCCGGAUUCUAAUAAAGUUUGCUAAAUAUA